AUGGACAGAAAGAUCUCUUCUCUGAAAUCCAAGUACUUAGGAAAGCUUGAGAAAUUCCCGUUUGAGUCGAAAGAAGAGGCCAUUGCAGUGGGGGUGGAAUCCUACACUGUGGAUUAUGGAAGGAAUCCCAUUCCAUUGGAAACACCAUUUUCGAUGAGAUCGAUAGAAAGCAGAAAGGAAGAGGCAAUACCUGACACAAUAGCAGAAGAGGAAUAUCUAUUGGAGUCAUCCUCAUCAGGGGAAGACACAGACUCCGAGGAGUUUGAAGGAGAUCUCCAUUUGAAUAUUGACCUCUUUGUACGAGGGAAGGAGAUUGUCCGGGAGACGCCUCUUACCAUUAUCAAAGGAAGGAAGUACGGUCUUGUAGGGAGGAAUGGAAUAGGAAAGACAACACUUUUGAAGGCAAUUAGAAAAAGAAAGUUUGGGAUUCCAAGAGGAAUGAAGAUUUAUAUGAUAAGGCAAGAUCUGCUCUCUGAAGGAACAGUGGAAGAAUUUGUUGGGGCUGAGGCCGGGCGAACACUAAAUGGAUUAGGAUUUACAAAAGAUAUGGUUGGGAAGAAGAUGAAUGAUUUGAGUGGGGGAUGGAGAAUGCGUGCACAUCUGGCGAAGGCGAUAAAUAUGAACCCGGAUUUGCUGUUACUUGAUGAGCCUACCAAUUACCUUGACAUCAAUGCUUUAAGCUGGCUAGAAAAAAAGGUGAAAGAAUUGAAGACGGUUAUUAUUGUGUCCCAUGACAGGAAUUUUCUUAACAGUACCACAGAGAUGAUACUUCAUCUUAACGACUUGAAGAUUGAUAUGUACAAGGGGAACUAUGAGAACUUCGUGAGGCAAAGAAAGGAGAGGAUGACAGCAGCCAAAAGAGAGUAUGAAAACCAGCUUACAGUUAGGGAACACAUGCAGACUUUCAUUGAUAGGUUUAGAUACAAUGCUAAAAGGGCAUCUCUUGUGCAGAGUAAGAUAAAGGCACUUGCAAAAAUGCCAACACUUGUUCCUCCUAAGCAAGAUCCCAUCAUCAAGUUUUCGUUUUCUUCUACUCCAUCCCAGGGCAUAUUGCUUGAGAUGUCUGGGGUUGGAUUUUCUUAUGGUCUUGGAAAGACUCUUCAGGGUCUUGACAUAAGAAUCAUGUCCAACUCCAGAAUAGUGGUGGUUGGAGCCAAUGGACAAGGGAAAAGUACAUUUCUCAAGCUCUUAGCUGGAAAGAUAGAGGCCACAGAGGGGAAUCUUAUAAGAAGUCCUUCUUUGAGAGUUGGAUACUUUGCUCAGCACCAUGUAGAUCAACUAAAGAUCAAUGAAAACGUGCUAGACUUUAUGAUGAAGUCUUAUGGCCAAGAAGAGAGUAGACGGGUCCUUGCCUCUUUCGGAUUAAAUGUUGACAACCAAUGUAUUGGAACGCUCUCGGGAGGACAAAAGAGUAGGCUAGGGUUUGCAAUCAUCAAUGGGCUAAGGCCAAACCUUCUAGUUCUGGACGAGCCCACAAACCACCUUGACAUGGAAUCCAUAGAUGCACUGGCAGAAGCACUCCGAAGGUUUGAAGGAGCUGUUGUUUGUGUCAGUCAUGACUUAAGCUUCAUUGACUCGGUCUUUAAGGAAAUAUAUGUUUGCGAAAAUAGAAACAUCAAGAGGUUCUAUGGAAGCAUCCUUGAGUAUAAGAAAGGAUUGAACAUCUGA